ACUCGAUUAAGAUGAAAACUUUUGAUUUGUCACCCAAAAACCUGUGGCUGAAUUUCUCAUGUCAACCUUAUUUGAGUUCCAAGUGAGAGUAAUUUUUAAAAUCAGCAAUUGUUAGAAUCACGGGGUUUUAAUACCUGCAAAUCUGCAAUAAGAAAAAUACUCAAAUCUGCAGCAUCUUUACAUACCAAUACAGGAGCUAUGUAUGUAUUGUGAGAGUGAAGCUCCGAAAAAAACUAAAUAAGGUAUAGAAAAACAUACAGGAAAUGUAACAUGGAAUUUGCCUCCACAAAGAAUCCAACUACUUGAACAUGGAAAAUAUCAUAGCAUCAACUGAUAGAUGAUAAAUAAUAAAUAAAUAAAAAAACCUCAUUGAAUCAAUUACUCCCGAAUCUUCACUACAAACUAAUACCCAUACAGAACUAAAAUAUUUUACAAAUCAAAGACUAGUUUCCUAAUUUUAUUAUAACAUUAAAUUACUAACAUUUUCCUUUGAACCAACAAGUUGAUAUAAGUAAUCCAAAAAAAAAAGAAAAAAGAGAACCCAUGACAAUGAAAUUGUAAGUAUGUAACUAGUCUUCUUAAGUUUUCUCUUGCGCCUCUCAACUUCAGUUUUAAGUCGAUGUCGAGUGACUUGUAUAUUCAUUCCUGAUACCCCGCCUACAAAAUUGACACAUUGCAUAUUAGCAAAUAAGACAAUAAACACAAAUGAAAUAUGGGUAAAAAGAUAAUUUUCCACCAUAUAGUUUUGGCAUCCAAAAAGCUAUCGCCCUUCAUUUCCCUUAGCAUGGGCAGUUAUUUAAUAUGCUUUAAUACCACAAUAACAUAUUGGAUACUAAAAGUCUUGACUUUUCUAAACUUGAGUUAUUGCUAUUACGUGACUCAUAAAUUACUAUUCAUAAACAAACAGUAUAGUUAUUGGAAUACGAUAAACAAUCUCACUACAAAUAGAUUCAUUUGUAAUACACUAAUAGAUUUAAAAUAACGUAUAACAUCGCACACAAUCAGGAUACUAGAGAAGUGUUUUUUUUCCUAGAAGUAUAUAUAUGCUCCAAAACAAAGAAAUAUCACAGUGAAACCACCACCAAGAAAUAGUGAAGAAUAAACAAACAAAGGGAAGAAGGGAAUAUCACUGGUUGGAGGUCCACAUCUACUCACCAAUUGCACGAAUCGGUAACUCUGCUGCUUUGACGGGAGGGAGGGCAUUGAUUAUCACCGAUAUUAGUGGUGGGAGGGAGGCAAGUGGCAAGUGAUGCCAUGUAAUUAGAGCAUUCUUAGAGCAUCCCCAUUCGGCUCCCCAUCCCUCCUGUUUCCCUAUUAUUUGUUGAAAGUUUUAGGGUUUUCUCUAAAACCAGCCCUCCAUCCGGUUCCCUAAAAUGGGGUUCUAAUUUUCGGGGUGUACAGGAAAUCCCCAUCUUUGGGGACCUACUGUACAUCCCCAUUUCCCAUUACCCCAUCCUGUCCCACGUUCAUCCCUCUCGACAGUUGGUGCUCCAAUAAUCGCCUCUCCUGCUAGGAAAUCGGUAUUUUUCUUCUCAUUUUCUCACCCCUGUUAAUUUCUUGCGUGUUUCUUGAUGAUGAAACAUCUAAUGCUUUGGAACCGAUGUUUGGUUGGUGUGAAAAGUCCUAGGGUUUUCUUGUGGCUAUUUCCCUGGGUUAUCUGUUUGGUUGCUGUGAAAAUUUAUGUUCGGUGAAGGGAACUUUUUUCUUGAGUUACCUGUUUGGUUGCUGUGAAAAUAGACUGGACCUUUGCUUUGAUUUUUUCUUGAGCAACCUGUUUGGUUGCUGUGAAAAUGUGAACCGGGCAUGGUGUCAUAUUUUCUUGAGUAACCCCGUUUGGUUGCUGUGAAACCGAAUGAGGUCUGGCUUGCGUUUUGAUGAAUGGUGCCCCUGUUUGGUUGGUGCGAAUUUCAGAAAAUGUUUGCUGCCCUGUUUUUCCUUCUGUGAUUGUUUGGGAACCCCGAAAAUCAUCCAUGAUGUUUCUGUCAUAUUUUCCUUUGGCUAUUGUUUGGUUGCUGUGAAAAUGUAUACUCUUUUCCUGUGAUGAUUAUCUAGCUCACAUGUAUUGUUUGGUGGGCCAGAAUAGAUUUAUGAUUUUGAAUCUUUGGUGAUCCAAGAUUGGUUUUCAGUUGCUGUGAACAUCUUUGCUUGAUGAAUUUCGGAUCUAGAUUUUUUUCCAUAUCUUUUUCCUUCAAAGCAUGCUUCUUGGGCUGCUGUUUCUUGGUCUUUCAUAUCCAAUGUUGAAUUUGCCCCUGAAUGUUGUGAUCUCUCUUCUAAAUUCUGUUUUCAUUAUGCAAUUUAUAAAAAUACAUUAUGCAAUCUUUGUAACCUGUGAUUUGAGAUAGAUUAUACAUUAUGCAAUCUUUGCAAUCUUUAUAAAAAUACAUUUGAUCUUUAUCUUUUUAGAGAUAGAUGAAUACUUCACAUAUAUAAUAGUUGAUCAUACUUUUAUUAAAUCUUGUUGGAAAUGCAAGAAUGCUUUUUAUGUGUAAUCUUGAAUUGAUGGAUUUUUAUUGGUGCUCCAAUAACAUGCUGCUAUUAAGAACUUGCUCUUGGUCCUUUAACAUGCUGUAUUCGGCCCCUUUAAUUUAGUCUCUUGCUCUUGUUUGUUAUUAAGAACUUGUGUUUGGAAAAUGCAUUUUUUGGGCUUUCGGACUCCUAUUUUUUAAUAUAAUUAGAGAGUGAAAUUUCUCUCCACAUAACUCUAUAUUAUGGAAGAUAUUAAUAGCCCAACAUGCUCAUAACUUUAUGCUUGAAUCGAUGGAAUAUUGCAACUAUCCUUGGAAUAAAAUAGUCUGCUCAUUUUGAUAUUUGAUGUUGGGUCAUUUGCAGUGUUGCGUAUCUCUCAGGGGAGAGGGUUUAUAUUAGGCUGUAAUGAUGGUGUUAUAGUGCGGGUUAUGUCAGAAGUGUGUAUGGGGCCCCAUCGAUAUGGCGGGGUAAUUCUCACCCGAAUUGCCAUAUUGCAGUUUGUGGUACUUUCCACAAAAGGCAAUCGGGGUUUGGGUGAGAUUUUGCAGCCAUUCGAUGUUGGGCUCCUUGCUUACACAUGGUGUCAAUAUUUACACCAUUCUAGCCUUUUUAAUUAUUUAUAUAUUUGAUAUGGAUGUAGAACCGGAUGGGGAUGCUCGUAUUUAGGAUUAUUUUGUUUUGCAUGUUGUUUGGUAUUAUGGAUUAAUUGAGUUAUAUUAUGUGUAAACUAAACCACAAGGCUGUGAUGAUGACAAUCGUUUGUGGGGAUACGGGAAAUUUAAUGGUCAUUUCCCCAAUGGCUAGGUAAUCAGGAUGGCCAAUAAGUAUUGGCAACCGGUUGUUUUGGCCAUCAGUGGGUGGCCAACUUUCCAAGAUCAUACCAAACGGUUUCUGAGCCAUCCACCCGGACUAACACCCCAAACUUUCCGAAUUUCGUUUCUAACAUUUUCAAACCGUUUUUAGCAAUGGAUUCACAAGAUUUUGGACAUAUGUUCUUCACGAAUCUCUUAAGUCAAGAUCCUCAACUCGACCCCACUUAUGGUGGGCAAAGUGGAUCAUCUCCAAUGACCCUUGGUGACUCUUCACCCCUACCCCCUAAUGAGCCUAUCGGCAAUAGGAAAGCAGUGAGGGGUGCAAAUUUCAAUCUCAAAGAAGACAAGUUACUUGUAUCGGCAUGGCUAAAUUGUAGCCUUGAUGCCGUUCAGGGAACAGAUCAAAAACACUCCCAACUUUGGGAGAAAAUUUAUGAGUACUUCUAGCAAUUUAAGGAAACCACAAAUGACCGGACAAUAAAGUCUUUAAUUCAUCGGUGGUUGGUUAUCCAAAAGGCCACAAACAAAUUUUGUGCGAAACUAGCCCAAGUUGAAGGGUUAAAUCAAAGUGGCAUGACCGAACAAGAUAAGUUUGAGAAGGCGAAGCUAAUGUACCAAUCACUCGAGAAAUGCUCAUUUCAGUUCGAGCAUUGUUGGCACCUGUUGAAGGACCAACCUAAGUGGAUUUGGCGUGCCACAAAGGAGGAUCCAAAGCGGAGGAAGACGAUGUCCCCAUCCCCGACCCCAACUCGAUGUUCUGACGCUACAGUUGAUUCAGUUUUUGAUAUUGAGGCGGAUCAAAUGCAUGCUCAUGAAGUUAUCGAGCCCGACCGACCAAUUGGAAGGAAAGCUGAGAAAGGAAAACGAAAGGCCCAAGGCAGGCAAGCAGAGGAGAAUUUCCAACUCAGGAAGAUGAAAUAUACUCUUUUGGAGGAGUCACGCGCUCAAGAGAAAGAGUUUUAUCGCCUUAAAGCCGAGAAGAUGGAGUAUGACAAGGAGACAGAGGCCAGAAAAUUACAACUUGAGGAUGAAAGACUGAGGUUGGAGGCCGAGAAGAUGUCGCUUGAUUGAGAAAAAGAGCUCAGUAAAAUCUGGCAAGAGGACGAACGGCUGCUGUUGGAGGCUGAGAAAGUGGAGAUCGCGAAGAAGAAAUCAAAUCAGCGCAUCAUGAUGAUGGAUGUGAGUGUCAUGCCAGAAAUGCAGCGACUUUAUUUCCAGCAACUUCAGAGGGAAAUCAUGGCGAGACGCAUUAGAGAUGCCGAUUUGGAUUGAUUAUUUAUGAUCAUGUUAUUUAUUUUAUGUUUGGGACAAUUAUGUUUGGGACAAUUAUUUUAUGAAGCGGGUCUUGAUUAUUUUUUAUUUUGUAUGCAAUACGAG